ACGCCUACCUGGCCCCGGCGAUAAAUAAGUGGGCUUUGGGUUGCAGUUUGGGCACUCGGUCUCUAAAAGGUUCGCCAUCACUGACCUAGCUGUUUCCCUAGGGCCAGAAGAUUAGGCAACUACAGUUCUUGAAUUUAUAAUUGGAAGAUAUCCUUUACCUUUGAUGUCAUGGCUUACUGUUUUUAAUUGAUAGGUUUUUAAUCUUUGUACUCUGCCUGAAGUCAUUGUUGUGAAAUAGGCAGUCAUAUACAUUAUUUAAAGAAAAAUAAAAGCUACGGAGAAAUCUUCCACUGAUUCGUAUACUAUACUGCAUUAGCAGUACAGACACCAGCUGAAGGAUUAUGGAUUGUUAGAAGGCUGAACACUCCCAUAUUACUAAAAUGUAAAACUUUUUAGUUUUAAACUGACAAAAGCACAGGAAAGAUAAGAGCUCACCUCUACAUAAAUGAGAUUAUGGUGCUAUUGCUAACAUUGCCAUUAUGGAAAGGAAUAGCACAAAAGUGUUCUGAGCAAUAGGAGUGACCAAAGCCAAAUUUACAUAGAGAAAAAAAACUGUGAUGUUUUAUUUCCUCUACUGAAGAUGUUUAUAGGCAAAUAAAUAUUAAUUAUAUUUAAGGUGAUUAAUAGUGCUGGGAAUGGGUAGCUAAGCUCGCAGGUGUACUUUAAAAAUGGCUUGAAAUCUUUAUUUUUAAUAUAUGUAUAAUGUCUUUUUUUAAUUCACUUUUUUAAAUGUUUUUAUUGUUUUAUGUUUAGUGGGGGGUUCCUUUUGUCCUUUUGGGUUGUUGUUUUUUUUGAGUUCUGUAUUUUGUAUUUUAACUUUGUUUUGAAUAAAAUAAAAACAGGUUAAAAAAAGAAAUCUUUAUUUUUAACCCAAGUUUCAGAAAUAAUAGGUAGAGAGAAUAAGUUAUUUUUCAAAGUGUUAUAAGGAUUCAACAGACCAAAUUCAUAGUCAGUUGAUCCAGGUCAAGAGGCCUAGUUUGGAUCCUGCUAUUGACAGUGCAACCUGAUACAAUUUCUUAUAAUGUAUUGUAUGUACAGUGAGAUUUACUUGUGAAUGUUAAAUAGUAGAUUUUGGAUUGAACCAUUAAUGUUGCACAAAAAAGUUCAUGAAUAGGUGAUUAAAUUAGCAAAUAAAGCCUAUUCAGAUCUGUGUUUUAGAAAAUACAUUUUUAUUAUAUGAUUUUAAAUUACGUUCUUCAGAUUGUGUUGAUUCCAUUUUCGGUAGCAGGGAUGGACUGCCUAGGACCCAAAAGUUCAUGAAGUUCUUAGCCAUAAAAUAUGGUCUACAGAGGUAACCAGAAUCAAAGGAAAGAAGCUUAGGCAUUUCUAGCAAUCCUAUUGAAAGCUACUGGUUUACCUCAAUAAGCACCGCAGGAUCAGUUAGAAGAUUUAUAUGUUCCACUCUGAGCAUACCUACUCAUGACCAUUGGAAGAGUAGAAGUAAUGAUUAUAUAUAUUAGAUGUAAGAUUGGAGAGCCACUUGGGUGUAAUGGUUAAGGCACCAGGCUAGAAACCGGGAGAUAGUCAUUUCCAAUCCUGCUUUAGGCAUGAAGCCAACUGGUGAUUUUGGCCCAAUCACUUUCUCUCACCUCUAGGGCCUAAAUCUGAAAAUAUUUCCAGGAAAACUGCAGGGACUAGUUUGCCAAACGUAGAACGAGAGAGAGCGUGAGAGAGAAUGCAAAGUAAGAAUAAGUUUGAAUGGCAUCUGAAUGCAUAAUUAUAAAUUUCUGAGUCUCAUGGACUUAAAAAUCAUAGUAUGUGCCCCUUGAGGGUCAAACGUCCCUGUUUUACAGAUUUUUAUUUUAAUAGGUGACUGACUUGGAUAUAUCUGAAAAUUGUGUGAAUGGAAGCCAAGAACAAAGUUUCCUGUUUCAAUGCAGAAGAUUGGCUUUAUUUUCCUUGAAGACAAUAUAGUGUGCCCAAUAUGCCUAGAGAUAUUCAGAGACCCAGUCACUACAGCCUGCGGGCAUAACUUCUGCAUGGAUUGCUUGCAGGUUUAUUGGGAACACCUAGCACUUAUUGGAGAACAGCCUUACUGCCCUCAGUGCCAGGAACCCUUGAGUUCAACACCUCAGCUCCACAAAAAUAUAACCCUGGGAGAAAUUGCAAUGAGAUUUGCACAGGAGAAAUCUCAAGAUCCACAGAAGCUGGCUAGUUUCAAGAAUGUCCCAUGCGAUUUUUGUUUCACGCGAAAGUUAAAAGCAGUCAAGUCUUGCUUGCAAUGUAUAGCUUCCCUAUGUGAUAACCACAUUCAGUCUCACUACACAGACAAGAUUUUCAAGAACCACCAGUUAGUGGAACCUCUCAGUGACUUGAAAGGCAGCAUGUGUUUAAAACAUCGUAAGCUGCUAGAUCUAUUCUGCAAAGAGGAAGGCAAAUUUAUUUGCCAAAUCUGUGUCCGGGAGGAGCAUAAGAACCAUGAAGUCAUUUCUCUGAAGCAAGAAAGAAGCAAGAAAGAAGUGGAGAUCCAAAGAAUACAUGCCAGUGUGGAAAACCAGGUCUUGAUGUUGGCAGAAGACCGUCAGAAAUACAGAGCAAGAGUGAAUUACCUCAUGAAAGUGGUGAAGAAUGCCAGAGAUGAAGUUAGCUGGGCCUUUACAGAGGUAAUAAAAGAAUUCAAGAGACUGCAGACUAAGGUGAUGGACUUCAUUGAUCAAGAGGAAAAGUCAGCUUUACUUGAUAUGGGGAAUUCUAUUAAACGCAGACAUGAGCAACUUGCAGAUCUUAAGAAGCAGAAGCUGUGGUUGACAAAUCUGAUGGACAAUCCAAGUGACUUUCAAUUCUUGCAGGAAUUCCCAAAAAUAAAAGCCAUAUCUGAUUGCUCAGAAGCUUUGAUUGGGCUGAAAUGUGAGGAACUCACCAGUUUUGCGGGGAUUAAACAGACACUGAGUGACUUGAAAUCCCAAAUCUCAAUGAUUGGACUCUGUUUCAUCAAUAAAAUCCUUCAAAAGGGAAUCACAAUGGUGCCAUAUGAACUGUUACCCACACCCACAGAUCGGAAGACUCUUCUAAAGUACUAUUGUAUCCUGAAUUUUGAUGCCAACACUGCCAACGAAGAGCUCUUCCUAUUUAAAGAGACUCACUCUGUGCUGAACAUGGGGAUUUUGUUGGAGACCUAUUCAAAACCCACCCCUGGAUUUAACCACUGGCCCCAGCUGCUCGGUACCCGUAGCCUCUGUGAGGGCUGCCAUUAUUGGGAGGCUGAGAUUUCAAAUGGCUGGCUAUGCCUAGGCGUUGCCUACAGCUACCAGCAUAGGACUGAAAAAUCGUGCAUGUUGUAUCUGAUUGGCAGGAAUAAUUAUUCGUGGUGCUUGGAGUGGGACUCAGUGAAUUUCUCUGUCUGGCAUAAUAAUAUGCAGACUGUGCUGCGUGGUGACUACUACAAGACCAUUGGGGUUCUUUUGGACUAUGCUGCAGGCUCCCUGACCUUCUACGGCAUCACCAGUUCUAUAAACCUCAUUUACCGUUUCUUAACCACAUUCACUGAACCACUGUAUCCAGCUGCCAUGGUAAGCAGCGGGACUUCUAUUACUUUGAAACAACACCCUGAAUAGAGGCCAUAAAGAGGAGGGAGGGGAAAUCCCAUCUUAAAAGCCAAGAGAGCUUUUACGGUUGCUGAUAAAAUUAACUUUUAUCUCACGAGUGCUGCAGCAAGAUUCCUUUUUUGGGUGUUCUUCCCUAGAACAUUCUGGGAAUGGCUGGGCAGGUGUUGAGGAUUCUUUCCUGAUGCUCUUCUGUUCCAUCUCAAGAAUGAAGAAAUUAAACUAGUUAUAGCUACAACCCUGGAAAGUAUCCCUCAAAUCUAUAGAAUGGAUUGGAUCUCCUUAUCUUAGGGCAGAGGAGCCUUUGAUUGCAAAUAGGGAGAUCCAAACACAGAUGCCCUUUCUCAGGCCCUGUAUUAAUAUUUAUAAAUAUUAUGCUAUACCUGUGUUGCAAAAAUACUGAUAACCAUUAGAUGGAAGAUUCUAAAACUUUUCGGGUCAGCUACAUUUUUUUUGGACAGAUUUAUUAGCCCUAUGUGUAUUUUUCCAACUCUGGAGUUCAAAUUAAAUUACUUUAAUCUGACUAGUUUAUACAGGCUGGCUUCCAGGAAGAACAUUGGAUUAGCUACACAGAACAUGCAAAAUCUUAGUUCUUUUCCUUUUUUUUUCGUCUUCAAGUUAAGACUUGAUUCCGGAUGACUAUAUGGACAAAUCCAGAGAGUUUUCUAAGUAGCAUUUUUGGAAGUAGCUUACCACUGCUUUUUUCCUAGAGUUGGGAGAGAAUGACUGUAGGUAGGCCUCAAUUUAUGAUAAUUGGGAUUGGAAUUUCAGUCACUAGAAGCAGCCAUUAAACAAGCCAUUACAUGGCUGGGCCUGAUUUUUGCCAUCAUUUUUACCACAGUUGUUAAGCAAAUCACCAUGGUAAUUAAGUGAAUCACCUGGUCAUUAAGUGAAUCAUGUGGUUGUUAUACAAAUCCAGCUCCCUCAAUUGAUUUGUUUGUUGGAAGCCGACUGAGAAGAUCACAAAUCAUGAUCUCGUGUCCCACAAGACCUGCAACCUUUGUAAAUAUGAGCCAGUUGUCAAGCAUCUAACUUGCAAUCAUGUGAUCACAGAGGUGGUGUGACGGUUGUAACUUCAAGGAUGAGUGAUAUGUCAUUUUUUCUGAGGCCGACAUAACUUUGAACCAUUAUUAAAUGGUCAUAAACUGAGGACUACUUGUGGCUAAGGUCAUUCAGCUGAACUUUGUACCCAAAGUAAGACUAGAAUUCAGGUUUCCCUAUUCUUCGUCCAGCUAGUCUUAAUCCAACUAGUCUUAGAUUUUGGAGGUUUCCCCAAGCUUGUGGGCAACCAGACUCCUAAAAGCAAAUGGCUAGUCUGAAAAUCAGAACAACAGUCAGUCUUAUAUUUUUUGUAAAGACAGAAUGAACUUCCCUUGGUUAUGUAAUUAAUACGCUUCCCUGAGUAACUGGAUGAACUUUACAGUCAUUAGAACCUCUUGAUGGGCUAUUUCAAGUUAAAUUUUAAGACUCUGUUAUUGUUAAAGAUUCUCUGCUGGCAAUGACUGUCCAUAAUUGGUCUUGGUUGACAACCCUGGUAACUACACAGAAACUCCCUCAUGCAGCACCAACUCCCUAACUUGCAUGUGGCCUGCGCCGGUGCUUCCAGACUCUUCCCCCAGCCUCCUGCAAAUUGUGUGAGGUCUGCAUUGGC